CAUGGCGCCGCGCGUGCUGCACGAGCUGCGCGAGGAGAGCGACGGCUCGCAGUCGCAGGCCGACAGCGCGCAGCCGCACAGCGAGGGCGCGUCGCCGCUGGAGCCCGCGCGCCCGUUCGCGUUCCCGCCGCUGCCCGAGCCGCCGCCCGCGUGCGCGAACCCGGAUUGCGACUGUGCUGACUUUGCCGCGACGCGAGACGACGACGCGAGUGCGCUAGAGAGUUCGAUCCCUGUGCCGGUGUAUGAGUGUAUAGUGAAACAGUGGUCGAAAGAGACGCCGCAGGAGGAGCCUCCGCGAUCGGAGGCCGCGUCCGAUGGAUCGCUCGACAAAGAUAAGGAAGACGAAACGAUCACGAGUGAGCAUUUGGCGCAUUUGCUCGCUGCGGUUCAGAAUCCUCGCACCCCGGCGCCCAUAGGAGCCCGGGAGCGUCGGAGGCCCUUCGAUAAAUCGAAAAGAAGAAAGGGUAUAUACAUUACCACGGCCAGCGAUGACGGCGGUGAGGAAGACACGCCUCUAACCGUGAACGGGAAUCGUGAAAGUGGAGAAGCAUCACCUCGCGAGACGAGGUUGUCAGACGAAGUGCGGACGUCGUCUCUCCUCGGUGACAAGUCGGACGAUUCUUGCACGAACGGGCCGCCCAGCCCGUCCGAUAUGCCGACUCUGAUGUGGCCGCGAUCGGAGGAGCUGAGAACGAGGCGGGCGAGGUUUUCCCAACAAAGCUCAGACGAACGAGACGACGAUUCGUAUAGAACGAGAAGAAAGUACGGUGUCACAUCCCGGGGGGACUCUCCCUCGGAGGCGGAGAGCGAUUCGUGCUCGAGGGACCGGACGGCGUCGCCAUCGCCGUUCAGUCCGUCGGACAACUCUGACGUGGAAGCGAGACGGCAGCAGUUCUCGCAGAGGCCGUUCGGGAAGAACCUGGAGGCGCCCGUGAACCGCUCCGCAGAAAGCGGCAGGCGGAGUUUCUCGGACGCCACGGUGCCGAGCCGCAAGUCGAGCGCGGGCAGCGGGCCGCCGGCGGGUCGGCGCGGGCCCACGCACGUGCGCGCCACGUCGUCGCCGUCCAAGCUGGCGGGCGUGCGGCCCGGCGCCGACCUGCUGGCCGAGCUGCUGCGCGGCAGCUCCGAGGCGCUCUCCAACUCCGCCGCCUUCGACAACGUCGUGCUCACGCUGCAUCAACACAAUGACACUCGCACGCACGUGGUGGUGGAGCUGUACGAGACGGAGAAGUCGUACGUGGACGCGCUCGACAUACUCGUUAAGAAAUACCUCCAGCCCCUCAAGAGCCCUGAGAAUGCCGGGCUCCUGGAUUCGUUCGUGGUGGACGAGAUCUUCAACCAGAUCCCCACCAUCUUCAACGUGCACCAGGUGUUCCUGGAGCAGCUGCGCCGGCGCCUCGAGCAGUGGGACUUGCAGCAGAAAGUCGGGGAUGUCUUCUUGGAUGUGUUCACGAAACCCACCGUGAUGGACACGUACAUGUCGUUCAUCAACAACCAGCGGCGCGCGCGCGAGACGAUCAAGGCGGCGGCGGCGUCGCGGCCGGCGUUCGCGCGGUUCCUCGACGCCAUGGCGCGCGACCACAAGGGCAAGCUGUCGCUCGACAACCUGCUCAUCAAGCCCGUGCAGAAGUUCCCCAGCUACAAGCUGCUGAUACAGAGGCUAAUCAAGCACACAGAUCAAACGCACCCCGAUCACAAACUACUACUAGAAGCACAAAAAGAAAUCCACGAGCUGUUAGAACUGAUAAACUGCACUGAAAGGGAGAGCCUUGAGUUGGAACAGCAGCAGCAGACCCUGAGGGAGCUGGAGCAGAUGAUCGAGGGCCUGUCGAACCUGGCGACGGCGGAGAGGAUGUUCCUGAGGCACGUGACGGUCACCAUGCCGUCGGCGCAAGGGACCAUCAAGGAUAGAGCGCUGUUCCUCUUCAACGACACUCUAUUGAUAACGAGUGUCAAAAGAAGGACCGGUACUAUUAAGAAACCCAUUCCAACAUACCAAAGUAAUAUAGCGAGUCAGAUGGAAGGAAAUAAGUACAAACUUUUAAUGAGGAUAUCGCUGGCCGAUCUCGAAAUAGUUAAAGCUAAGGACGAAAACUUGAGGCGGAUAAUGCACGAAGUGGAGACACUGACGGCGGACGUGAACACCUUGACGCGCAUCUCGGAGCAGGUGGCGGCGCUGCACACGCCGCACGCUGCACUCGAGGAGCUGGUGCGAGAGCUGCUGCUCGGAGCCAGCCGGCAGCUGGGCGAGCGACACAGCAGCGAUACGCAGCUCUGCUAUAUGGAGCUCAGUGUCAAUACCUCGACAGCGAAAGACACGGAGGAGCUGGUGAGCGAGCUACUGCUCGGAGCCAGCCGGCAGCUGGGCGAGAGACACAGCAGCGACACGCAGCUCUGCUAUAUGGAGCUCAGUGUCAAUACCUCAGUCUUGUUGGGCGCCAGCCGACAGCUGGACGAGCGACACAGCAGCGACACGCAGCUCUGCUAUAUGGAGCUCAGUGUCAAUACCUCAAAUGGACCUGAAAACUUAACCAUCAUAUUCCCAAAGACAGACAAAAGGAGUAGUUGGGAAGAGCUAAUAAACGAAACCAAACAAAAACUAUCGAUGUACGGGCCGGAGCGGACGGCGCCGGAGUUCCUGUCGCCGGUGCCGAUCCGCAAGACGCGCGCCGGGCUGCAGUUCACGUGCGCUGCGCCCACCAUCCCGCCCAAGGGACAGCCGCCCGACGUUUGGGUGUGCAACAGCGACGGCUACGUGGGGCAGGUGUGCGUGCUGACGCUGUCGCAGCCGCGGCCGCAGGUGACGUCGUGCAACGGCGUGUGCAACGCGCGCAUCCUGUGCGUCGCCUGCGUGCCGCCCGCGCCCGCGCUCGCCCGCCAGCACACCGUCGACAUACCAAGUACGACGAGUUCACUAAACAGCACGAGUUCCGUGAAACCGGGCAUCAGUAUAUCGGAUCCAGACGAUAGCUGCAAAAACAUUCGACUCGACAGCUCGUCUUCAAGUGACGACGACGACGACGGCUCGUCUACCAGCGAGAACCAAGACGCGCUCUCCGAGCGGAGCCAGGAGUCGUGUGGGCCCCGCGGGGCGCCGGGGGCCCCGGGGGCGCUGGCCCCCUCGCACGCCAAGAGCCUCAGCACCCCCCACACGGCGCACGCGCCGCCCCACCCCGUCAUCAAGUCCAACUCCAACCCCGCGGUGGACAAGCAAGCCAUGGGCAUCACUACCGGUGCGUGUCCGAGCACCCUCUCGUCUCCUGCCAGCCGGCAGUCCUCCGAAGACAGCAGCAGCAGCGCCAACCAGCCCACCAUGUGGCUGGGUACCGAGGACGGCUGCAUCCACGUGUACAACUGCCUCGACAACAUCCGCGUCAAGAAGAACAAGGUCAAGAUGCAGCACAACUCCGGGGUCCACUCCAUUGUGUACGUCGAAGGAAAGGUGUUUGUUGCUCUUGGCAAUGGCGAUCUCGUAGUCUAUUGCAGGGAUAUAGACGGGUCGUGGGCGGAGAAGUGCAGCAUCGCGGUGGGCGGCGGCGGCGGCGCGGUCAGCAGCAUGCUGCUGUGGGGCGCGCGCCUGUGGUGCGCCACGCACGCCUGCAUCAAGAUCAUCAACCCGCACACCUUCCAGAUAGAAGAAACAUUCCAAAUAAGUACUGAGUCGAAGCCGAUCAGCCACAUGGCGGUGAGCGGCGGCGCCAUCUGGCUGUCGCUGCACAACGCGGCGCAACUGCGCUGCUACCGCGCCGCCUCGCGCGAGCAGCUGGCCGAGAUCAACAUCACGCCGCAGGUCACCAAGAUGCUGCACGGCUGCGACGACAUCAUCCGGCAGCACAAGGCGGCGUGCCUGCGCGUGACGGCGCUGGCGGCGUACCGGGACACGCUGUGGGUGGGCACCAGCGCCGGCGUGCUGCUCACCGCGCCGCUGCAGCACGCGCCCGACGCGCGCACCGGCGCCUUCACCGUGCCGCCGCUCACAGGUAUACCUUACGGACAUACUGGUCAUGUGAGGUUCCUGACCAUUGUCGAGAAUCCUGCGCCCCACCGGCAGCCGGCCAAGACCACGCAGACCUCCCUCAAGACCAAGGCCCUCAGCCGGCGCUCCGCCAACGCCGAGAAGCUGCAGAAGCAGCACGACACCGCGCAGACCAACAAGGAGACCCUCAUCAUCUCGGGCGGCGACGGCUACGAAGACUUCAGAAGCUCCACCAUGACCGAGGACGCCGGACGCGAGGACUCCACCAACCACCUGCUCCUCUGGCGCGUCUGAAACGAAUGUGACGCCGACCCGGUUCGAACUAGUCCCAGACCUUCCAAGAGGAAGACCUUCUGGAGAUUCACAUGAAUGGAAUUGACGUUGUACGUGUAAGUGAUGUGAAUGUGCGCAGCGGACAGACGAGAGCCUAAAGUUUUAUUUUCAAACGUUUUCGUUGGACCUGAAUGUUAGUAUUAUUCCAGCUUUCAAUAAAGUUAAACGUUGAUAUAUGCUAAUAUAAAAUAUAAUAUAAAGUAAACGUUCAAAAAUAACGUGUUUUACGCUUGUGAGCGUGAUUGAAAUGUAAUAUUUUGAGAUUAUUUAACUAUUAGUUAGGACAUGAAAUGUCAAUAUCAUUUUAAUGCAUAAGAGUAAAUUUUUAUCAAAAUUUUUGAGAUUUAUUUAUGAAAGGUCACACAGUAUUAUUGAAAUAUAAAUAUUUGCAGAUUUGGACGAUCUGGAUUAUGGCCUGUUACGUACCUUUACACGUUAUUAUUGUAUUGUGGAGGUUUUCGAAUCAUUUACCAUAUUUGUAUCCAUAUCAACACGAGAUAUUGUUGUUUGAGUAGUUGUGAUAUUAUGUAUUUCAGUACUGAUGAUUCUUACUGAUACUUAAAGUAAAUAUAUUUUACUACAUUAAAACAUUUUAAGAUAUUUCAAAUACCAAAAUAUUGUCUAAGUUAGCUUGAUCGAUUUUCGACUCUGAAAAUAUUUUUGCAAGUUUUAACAGAUUAUGUAUUUGCUGUAUAUGUAUUUAAAAUUAAACCCUACAUAGACUUUUAUCUUUUCGAUCAAAUUAAGAGUUGUGUAAUCGAGUAGCUGGUACAAAAUCAUCAGUUUAAUGGAUCAGUGUACCUUGAUGUAGCAUGGAAGUCAUUUUCGUUUCCAGAUGGAAUAGCGGUUAGAACAAAAUUUGUGAUUGCUCAAAUAUAUCCACUGUUACCUGCCCGUCAUUGUGAGCAACAAAUUUUAAAUAGUGUGUUUGGACGAUGUAUCCUAUAUUUAUAACUGCAGAGUAUUAAAAAGAGGUCGCACUAA